CUUCAUGUUACUCUAUCAAAUAUAUGAUCAAAAUAUAUACAAAUAUUUUUAGAAUUUGUGAAAAGAUUUUUAAGAUUUUAUAAAAUUUAGAAUAUCAGAAAAAUGUCAACUUUUUAGGGGACAUAACAUUUAAAAUUUUCACAUAUGUAACCUGCUCAUUCUUCGUCUUAUUUUCAUAUCUUCGAAACCUCUAAUUGUUUUCACCGAUGGAUGGUACUAAUCCUAAGCUGUAUCUGGGUUCAUUAGCCAGUGAAAAGUGGUCGACAUUCACGAGUUCUCAUGGUUCCACCAGUAAUAUAAAUAUUUCUCCUAGCAAUGAUUUAUUUGUUAACUCUGGUGGAUUUUCAGAGGGAGAGAUGUUUCAUGGUUUUGCCGCCUCAUCCGAAGUUAGUGAUCAUUUAAAUAGCGGCAUUACUAGCAGUGGUAACAGAAUUAAUUUCAUGGGGACAGAUGAUCGAAACGAUGAAGUGAAGGUGGAUGCUAAGCAGAAGAACAAGAAUAAGAAACAGAGGUUUGCUUUUCAAACCAAGAGCCAGGUUGAUAUUCUUGAUGAUGGAUACAGAUGGAGGAAAUAUGGCCAAAAGACUGUUAAAAAUAAUGCACACCCAAGAAACUACUACAAGUGUACGUAUCAAGGAUGCAGUGUGAAGAAGCAAGUCCAACGCCUAGACAAGGAUGAAACAAUUGUGGUGACUACUUAUGAAGGGAUUCACACCCACUCUAUUCAGAAGCCCUCUGACGAUUUCCAAAACAUCUUGAGUGAGAUGAAGAUUUUCCCUACCUCUUAAUUUCGGACGCUAUAUUAUCGCACCGAUUUUAGGGUCUCUUUCUUCACAUAUACGGUACUACUAACCGCUAGAGAUAAGUGAUUAAAGUGUUUGGGAAAAAAGUAGAAAUCAGGAAACAAAAGCUAGGAAUCCUUCUACACAAACAAUACGAAUAAGUGUUUCUAACUUAAAACUCCAAAAUCGGGGUUUUUAAGCCCCGCCCAAACACCCACAUAAUAAAUUUAGUGCAAAACUAGUAAACUACACAAGCAUGGCAUGGAAAUUGUUCACACUCUUGAUUUCUUUGAUAGAAGGGUAUACGCAUAAUCAACACAUUUCUCAUUCAAUUUAUAAAAGAGAAUGUAUCUUGUAGAUAAUUUAUGUGCCCAUGUAUUUCCAGAAUUUAUAUUUCUAAUAAUUUUCUUCAAACGUGAGAUUGCUCGCAUUAGCACAUCUCCUUGUCCAACUGAAAUCAGAACUGUAGAAUGGAAAUCAGCAGAAAAUACUUGGCUAAAACUUGAUGUGGAUGCCUGUUUUCACGAAGGAGAUGAGUCAUUUAUUGUGGAUAUGGUUAUCCGUGAUGAAUAUGACCAGUAUGUCAAAGGUAAGAACAUGAGAAUCUAUGGAUCACCUACAAUAAUUAUGGAAGCAGAAGCUAGAGGAGUACAGGAGACUUUGGUCUGGAUAGAAGACUUGAGUAGUAUUCAUCAUGUUGUUAUAGAAAGCGAUUCUGAGGUGGUAGCGAAAGCAGUGCAAAGAGACAUACUCCUUCCGUCUCAUCAGCUUCUUUACGCUACUUUUUGAUACGUAUUUUGAGACUCCUAUAAAGUAUAGUUCCAUAAUGUUUUUUAUUUUAAAAAAAUCCUGAAAAGAAGUUAGAUGUUUGAACUUUUAUUCAGAAAAAAAUAAAUUAAAAAAUGGUUAUUGAACUAUACUUUAUAAGAGCCUUAAAAUGCGUGGAACGUAAACAUCCGGGUGGGACGGAUCGAAGGAGUAUCUUAUCUUCUGGAAAUUGGUCAUAUUCUGGAGUUAUGUAAAGGAAAGCUCAGAUAUAGAACUUAUAUAUCACUCUGACA